CAGCACGCACUCACUCUUUUUCCCGUGUAACCUCAUCGAGCAAGCACGCGUUUUCUCGGUGUUCCGUUGUUUUUAUCCAUCGCCGCAGUGAAACAGAACCACUUCUCCGAAAAUGGGUCGUAUGCACGCACCUGGCAAGGGUAUCUCCCAAUCGGCGCUGCCGUACCGCCGCUCGGUUCCGUCAUGGCUGAAGCUGAACGCUGACGACGUCAAGGAGCAGAUCAAGAAGCUCGGCAAGAAGGGAAUGUCGCCCUCGCAGAUCGGUAUCAUCCUGCGUGAUUCGCACGGUGUUGCCCAGGUUCGCUUCGUCAAUGGCAACAAGAUCCUGCGCAUCAUGAAGGCCGUUGGCCUUAAGCCUGACAUUCCUGAGGAUCUGUACUUCCUGAUCAAGAAAGCCGUCUCUAUCCGCAAGCACUUGGAGCGCAACCGCAAGGAUAUCGACAGCAAGUUCCGCUUGAUCUUGAUCGAGUCCAGAAUCCACCGGCUGGCUCGGUACUACAAAAUCAAAUCGGUACUUCCCCCCAACUGGAAGUAUGAAUCGGGAACCGCUUCGGCUCUGGUCGCCUAAGCCGCACUUGAAAUGUUUUUGAGGAGACGUAAAUUUAAAAGCUAAAGGUUAAUAAACGGUAAACAUAGACAACUGA